AUGGGUGUUCAUGUGGUUUCAAAGCUGGAUAACCGCCAGCAUGCGACCUUCGACCUCGAAGUCGCUCAGAAGGAACUAUCGGAGUCUUCAGUAAGAAUUCGCACGCAACUGAUCAGCCUGACUUCAAAUAAUUUGACCUAUGCCCUAAUGGGCGAAUUCUUACAUUGGUGGGACACAUACCCCGUCUCUGAAGACUAUCCUGCGCCAUACAACAACUCCUCGGCAUGGGGCAUCGUCCCAGCCUGGGGCUAUGCAACAGUGGAAGAGACGACCAUCCCAGAAUUAACCAAAGGAACACUUCUUUACGGAUUCUGGCCUACGAGCAGCACACCAACGGAUCUCAAACUGAAAGCCGGCUCACCAGAAGGCCACUGGAUCGAGACCAGCGGCCAUCGACAGCAACUAAUGCCACUGUACAACCGCUACACGGUAACUCCGACAUCUCGCCCAAUCUCCGACCUGACUACGCUCAAUCCCCUUUCAGACUCUGCACGGGAUGAGCUAGACCGCAUGGCCUGGACCGUUCUGUUCAUUGGCGGGGUGGCCGGGUUCGUUCUGAGCGAGUACGUUUUCUCGUUCAACCCACGCCAACCUCCUAUCCAUCCACUGGGGAACCAAGCUGGGUUGCACUGGACCCUGUCCGACGGGGAUUUGUCAUCCGCGGUCGUAGUAAACCUGGCCGCGUCGACUAAAACGGCCCGUGUUUUCUCGUACUACCUGUCGCGGAAGUCGGGUAGUUCGACACCCCUUGGUUUGUUGCAGGUUACAUCAGCUGUGUCACGCGUCGAGGAGGCGGAUCGGAAUCUGUCUGCUUCUGUUCCUUCCAAGGUGGUCGGAUAUGAGAAUAUUGACUCUAAAGAGUCUGCAGAGUGGCUGGCUACCUGCAAGCCUUCGAAAAUUGUUAUCCUCGACUUCGGUGGUCGUGAAAAUGCUCUCAAGGACACAGUUUCCUUGAUCAAGAGUCAUGUUGGGUUACAAUCUUGCGAGGUUGUUAUUGUCCAGGUUGGCAAUGAGCAGAAAGUAUACUCGAUGGAGGAGAUGAUUGCUAGAAGAGCAGCGAUGGAGGAGCUUAGAAAAAUUCAAUUCAACACUUCGGGUGUUCAAGACACGAUACUAGAGUCUGUCGGUCCGGAAGCUUACUUUGCAACGAGAGGUGCACAGUGGGAAAAGUGGCUGGAUGAUCGACACCUGAGCGUACCGGGAAUGCAGAUUGCGUUUGGCAGCGGUGUCUCUGGUGUCUCUGGUGUUGAGGGAGGGUGGGAUAGACUGUGUCAUGGACAAAUAAGAGCUGAAGAGGGAUUGGUCUACAAGAUGCAAUAA